AAACCAUCCAGUAUGGUGUGGAGGACAGAAGUACUCGGACACAGUAGGAUACCCUGGAGCAAUGUUUAUGCCAGAUCUAUCCGAUGUAGGGCCUCCUGCAACAGGGCCUGGACUUCCUCAACGGGUUGCAGAGGCCCCUCCUCCUACAGUUAGGAUUUUUAUAGAGCACAGAGACGGUUGUGAAGUGGUUGACUCACUUAUCAGAGAAAUUCUCUUAGUUACACCGGAAGCCGAUAUAUCAACAGAGGUUGGCUCUGACGAUGCCUUUGAAAUUAAGAUUAACGAUAAGCUGAUGUUUUCUAAGAAAAAGCUUGGUACCUACCCAUCAAAUGAGGAAAUAGCGGAGAUUGUUAAGUGGGGAAACAAGGGAAAAUCUUUUCUGCACUUGAAUUUGUGCAGUGUUGCCGAGGGCGGGGAACCAAGAAUGGUUAUAACAGACCGAAAAAACACACCUUUGCCGAAGAGAGUUAUUAUGUCGUGCACAAUAUCAUGAUCGAUAAAAUUGUUAUAAUUUAUUUCAUCGACAUUUGCUUGUUGAAGAUAAACCAUUUACUUUAAUAAAUAUAAAAUUAAUAA